UACCGUACACCAGAUGGAGGUUGUAACAAUAUCGAGCAUCCACAGUGGGGUAAAGCUGAAGCAACUUUCAUUAGACAGAUGGACAAUGCUUAUGAUGAUGGUAAUUUACCUCGGACGAAGGGUAAAGAUGGUGGCGCCCUACCGAGCCCCAGGAAAGUCAGCACCAGUGUCCAUUAUUACGACCCCUUGACACCCCCAGAUAACAGAUGGACUGUGAUGUUUAUGCAGUGGGGCCAGUUUCUAGAUCACGAUCUAACUGCUACCCCUCUAGAUCCUAGUAAGUAUUCAAAUUGUACAUGUUUUCCUAUCGUUGUACCAGCCGAUGACUCUUACUUCAAUAUGUCCUGUUUGGACUUUAAAAGAUCCUUGAAUGCUGCGACAACUGGCAAUCGUGAACAGCAAAAUGCUAUCACGGCUUUCGUCGAUGGAUCACAGGUCUAUGGUAGUUCAGUAGAGGAACAGGCUGAUUUGAGAAGUUUUGUUAAUGGUAAUAUCGCACAGUUGAGGGCACCGUCCGUCUUAAUUAGCGCAAUCGGAUGCAGACAAUUUCACCGUUUAUUAAAACUGUUUAAUUUUACAGGUGAUCAUAGAGUGAACGUCUUUGUUGGCUUAGGGGCUCUUCAUACAGCUUUCCUUAGAUUCCAUAACCAAUUAGCUACCAGGUUUGCUGAAGCCAAACCAGAUUGGACUGAUGAACAGAUCUUCCAAGAGUCCAAGAAAAUAGUCUCUGCCGUUCUUCAACAUAUCACUUACACUGAAUACUUACCAGAAGUUCUAGGUCUGGAAGGUUGGCAAAGAUAUAACCUUCAUGAUGUCGACUACAACUACGAUAGCAGUAUAAACCCAGGUAUCUUCCAAGCCUUCGCUACAGCAGCUUUUAGAUUUGGACAUUCUACCAUCGUCAAGAACCUCAUGAUUGGCGAUACAGACUAUAACACCGAGGACCUGUUCCUUCGUCCACAUUAUGUUGUACAUUAUCUGAGAGAGAUCGUCCAGUCGUUGAUAGCCCAUCCUAGUGAACUCAGAGAUAGGUUCUUUGUGGAAGCUAUAACCAACAAGUUGUUUUUACAUGAAGGAUUAUCGACUGAUCUGAUAGCUUUAAAUAUCAACCGAGGUCGGGACCAUGGGCUACCCAGUUACAAUGAUUUCAGAGCAACUGUUUGUAAUCUACCACGAGUUACUUCGUUCGAUUCUCGUCAGUUCAGAAAUUAUGGAAAUCUUCUUGCCAGCGUGUAUGAUGAUGUAGAUGAUGUUGAUCUGUUUACUGGAGGAAUUGCCGAGGUCAACGUUGACGAUGGCACUCUGGGAGCUACAUUCAGUUGUAUUAUUGGUAAACAAUUCGAGAACCUGAAAUUUGGAGAUAGUUUCUGGUAUGAGACCAAAGACAGCCGCCGUGGAUUCAAACCAGAACAAGUCGCGGAAAUCAAGAAGAUAUUCUUAUCUCGAGUUUUGUGUGAUACCGUCCACGAUUUUAAUAGAAUUCAACCGUUUGUUAUGAUACCACGUCGUCUUGUAAAGUAA